AUGGACUCGGACCACCUACUGGUUGGUAUAUGGAUGAAAGUUAAAAUUAAGAAAUAUAAGAAAGGUAAUUUAACAAACAAAGGACGAACCGAUAUAAAUAAACUAAAGGACAAACAAAUAUGCAAAGAGUAUGUAGAGUGCUUUCAGAAUAUUAUUAAAAGUAAACAACUAGAUAUAGAAAGAAACUUAAAUGUUGAUAAAACAUGGGAACAUGUAAAAGAAAGCAUAAAUGAAGCAUCAACGAAAGUCUUGGGAAAAAAAGUAUCGAAAACAAAACCAUGGUUCAAUACGAUAUGUGAAGAAGCUGUACAAAGAAGAAAAUUAGCAAGACAAGAGUUGUUAAUUGACACUAACAACGAAGUAACACUGAGAAGAUUUAGAACUCGCCAAAAAGAAGCCAGCAAGAUAUUGAGAUGUGAAAAGAGGAAAUACGUUCAAAACAUAUUAGAAACAGCAGAACUCGAUUAUAAAACACACAGAACUAGGGAUAUGUAUAAGCGAGUGAAUGAUCUCAGAGGUGGAUACAAAAAGAAAGAAAGAUUUCUAAUUGAUGAUGAUGGCUCCCUGAUAACUACAAGUGAAGAGUUGGCAAAGAAAUGGGCUAGCUACUUUGAAAAGUUGCUAAACUGUGAAGAACCGAAUGAAACCUUUAAUUUUAAUUUUAAUCAGGAAAUAAAAGAAUCACAGGAUUGUGAAGAACCGACCUUGGAGGAAAUAAAAUUACAGAUAAACAUGCUAAAGAAUAACAAAUCCCCGGAGAGGAUGACAUUCAAUCAGAGCUCUUAA